UGCUGGAAAAUCUAGAGCAAACUGAGGAAUGUCCUCAUUGUGUUGUGAUAUUGGACAUGAAAUUUACCAUGGCGUAACCAAUGGUGGAAGGGCAAAGUGUUGGUUUAGGUUGUGCACUGUAUAACCCAGGAGUGGGCUGGGUUUUCCCGAUUUCGAUAUAAAUUGUUUCAUUCUCCAGGCUUUGCAUUUCUAGGCUGAACAGUGCUAACCUGUUUUGGCGUCACCUCUUAUUCAUUCUAAUCGCUGCGUCAGCAGGACGAAAAAUUUAACGAUGUGACAGAUUUUCCUGAGGACCUCGUUCAAGACAGUUCUGGUUAUGGAAGUUGUUUGUAGGGGGGAGGGGGGACAUCAUAUUCAGUAGGAAUUGCUAGCACUAUGGUAGUUUAAUGUUGACACAGAGUGUAUUCGCUCGGAAUUUUCCCUCAUCUAUCAAUCCAGCCAGCCAGCCGGCAAACAAUUUUUAACACAUGCAAAGUACUAAGCACCACGCUUAGCACUGGGAGGGGCUGGAGCUGUGUUUAUUUUGGUAUAUACAGUGAGGUACAGAUUUAAGUUGCAUUUAGCAGAUAGAUACCCAGGUUUUCCAGCACCAUUUACCGAAUGAACUGUCAUUUCCCCAUUACCUGGGAAGACCUCCUUGAUUUCCUACUAAUAUUAACUGUGGAACUUAUUUAUGCAUACCAGUCUCUGCCUCUGGGCUUUCUAGUCUGUCCCAGAGACCCAGUACCAGAAUAUUUAAAUCACUGUGGCGUUAAACACGUUUUAAUAUCUGAUAGGGCCAGUUUCUGCGCAUUGCACUUUUUUUUUUCCCCUUUCAGGAACGUGUUCGGGCCCGCGGCAGGGGGCGGGGUCGCGCCUCCUCCGCGGCUCUGGUUCCAGCCGAGCCUCGCCGACGCGGAGAUGGAAAUCCCGAGGCUGCUCCCGGCUCGCGGGACGCGACAGGGCGGCGGCGCUGGCAGCCCCGCGGGCGGCGGCCGGGUCCACGGAGGCCUUGAUCCGCGGGCUGGCCAGGCCCCCGCGCGCCGCCUCCUGCUGCUCCGUGGCCCCCAAGAUGGCGGGCCCGGGCGGCGGCGCGAGGAGGCCCGCGCAGCCUCACGGGGCCCGGGCCCGAGCCCGUUGCCGCCGAGGCCCGAUCACGCUGGCGGCGGCGGCGGCGGCGGCGACGGCGGCGGCGGCGGCGGCGACGACUUUUUCCUGGUGCUACUGGACCCGGUGGGUGGCGACGUGGAGACCGCGGGCGCCGGCCAGGCCUCAGGGCCUGUGUGGAGGGAGGAGGCCGAGCCGGGCCCACGGCUCCAGGGGGGUGAGAGCGGCGCGAACCCCGCGGGCCACCCUGCGCCGGGCUCCCGCUGCCUGUCCGCGGUCCCGGCCCCGGCCCCGGCCCCGAUCCCCGCCCCAGGCCUGGGCCCCGCCGCGGCCUUCGCGGGCACCGUCACUAUCCACAACCAAAACCUGCUGUUGCACUUCGAGAACGGCGUCCUCACCCUGGCCACGCCCCCGCCGCCAGCCUGGGAGCCUGGGGUCGCGCCUGCCCCGCAGCCCGGGGGUCUGAUCGCCCCGCAGGCGGGGUUCCCGCAUGGCGCGCAGCCCGGCGACUGCCCCGAGCUGCCUCCUGACCUUCUGCUGGCCGAGCCGGCCGAACCCGCGCCGCCCCCGCCGCCCGAGGAGGAGGCGGAGGGCCAGGCCGCUGCCGAGAGCCCCCGCGGGCCGCUGGGCCCGGGCCCGGGCGUAGUGCUGUACCUGUGUCCCGAGGCGCAGUGCGGACAAACCUUCGCCAAGAAGCACCAGCUGAAGGUGCACCUGCUGACGCACAGCAGCAACCAGGGCCAACGGCCCUUCAAGUGCCCCCUGGGCGGCUGCGGCUGGACCUUCACCACCUCGUACAAGCUCAAGAGGCAUCUGCAAUCACACGACAAACUGCGGCCCUUCGGGUGUCCGGCGGAGGGCUGUGGCAAGAGCUUCACCACCGUGUAUAACCUCAAGGCACACAUGAAGGGCCAUGAGCAGGAGAACUCUUUCAAAUGCGAAGUGUGCGAGGAGAGCUUCCCCACGCAGGCCAAGCUCAGCGCCCACCAGCGGAGCCACUUUGAGCCGGAGAGGCCCUACCAGUGCGCGUUUUCUGGCUGCAAGAAGACAUUUAUCACCGUGAGUGCUCUGUUUUCCCAUAACCGCGCCCACUUCAGGGAGCAGGAACUCUUUUCCUGCUCCUUUCCUGGCUGCAGCAAACAGUACGACAAGGCUUGUCGGCUGAAAAUUCACCUGCGGAGCCACACUGGUGAGAGACCUUUCCUUUGUGACUUUGACGGCUGUGGCUGGAACUUCACUAGCAUGUCCAAACUGUUAAGGCACAAAAGGAAGCACGACGAUGACCGGAGGUUCACGUGCCCUGUGGAAGGCUGUGGGAAAUCUUUCACAAGGGCUGAGCAUCUGAAAGGCCACAGCAUAACCCACCUGGGAACAAAGCCCUUUGUGUGCCCCGUGGAAGGCUGCUGUGCCAGGUUCUCUGCUCGAAGUAGCCUCUACAUUCACUCCAAGAAACACUUGCAAGAUGUGGACACUUGGAAAAGCCGUUGCCCAGUCUCCACUUGCAAUAAACUCUUCACCUCCAAGCACAGCAUGAAGACCCACAUGGCCAAAAGGCACAACCUCGGCCAGGAUCUCUUAGCUCAGUUAGAAGCGGCAAAUUCUCUUACGCCCAGCAGUGAACUUGCCAGCCAGGGACAGAGUGAUCUCAGUGAUGCAGAGCUAGUGUCUCUCUUCUCUGACGUGCCUGGCAGUAGUUCUGCUGCAGUGCUAGACACGGCAUUGGUAAACUCUGGAAUCUUGACUAUUGAUGUGGCUUCGGUGAGCUCAACUCUGGCAGGGAACCUUCCUGCUGCUAAUAAUAGUUCCUUAGGGCAGGCUCUGGACCCUCGGGGCUUGAUGGCCACCGGUGACCUUCCUCAAAGUCUGGAUACCUCUCUCUUUUUUGGAACGACAGCCGCCGGUUUUCAGCAGAGCCCCUUAGGUAUGGAUGAUGUCUCAAGUCUAAGCGCGGGGCCAUUGGGAUCUCUGGGAUCUUUGGCUAUGAAAAACUCAAGUCAAGAGCCCCAAGCUUUGACCCCCAGCAGUAAGCUAACAGUAGACUCAGAUGCUCUGACUCCUUCAAGCACCCUUUGUGAAAACAGUGUCUCAGAUCUACUGACACCAACCAAAGCAGAAUGGAACAUACAUCCUGACUCUGACUUCUUUGGACAGGAGGAAGAAACCCAGUUUGGAUUCUCCAAUCCAGCAGGAGCCCAUGGUUCUCAGAAAGAAACAGAUCUUACCACAGUGACUGGCAGCUCAUUUUUGGUAUGAACUACAUUCAUUCCUCGUCAUAUGGCUUACUUUUACUAAUUACACUCAAUUUUAAGGGUAUUCUGGACUAAAUGUUUAAAUGCAGUCGUUUCUUGUAGGUUUGGAAAAAAACAGAGCCCUGGGCUACAAGUUUGGAGAUUUAAAUUCUGAUUCUGAGUCUAGAACUGACAAGUUGUGUGACCCCGAGCAAGUCACUUCACCUAUCUGAGCCUUAAUUUCCUUAUUUAUAAAAUGAGGUGGUUUGAGUAGAUCGUUUCUAAGGUAUUUUCAGCUUUGUGAUUCCUUGAUAAUAUGCUUCUUUCCUUGAAAAAAUUUAGGACAUUUUUCAGUGAUGGUGUUGCAUGUGCUUUUUUUCCCCAAACAUGCAUAAAAUACAUAUAUUGAACAUCUAUUUGCUUGGCACCCAACUUCAACUAUUAUCAACUCACAACAGUCUUGUUUAUCUGAUCUCCACUCUCACCCUCUUCCAGUAUUAUUUUGGAAUAAAUUCUAGACAUCACAUUAUUUCAACCAUAAAUAUUCAAUAUAUGGUUCUAUAAAGAAUGGGCUUAACAAUAAUUCCUUAAUAAAUAUCCAGUUAGGGUUCCAACUUCCAAUUGUCUCAUCAAUGCUACUACUUGUUUUAAUAUUCUGAGUAAUUAGAAUCCCAGUAAGUCUCUUAAGUCUGUAAUCUGUUUCCCCUUUGUGUCUUUCUUUCCUUGCAAUUUUAUUUGUUGAAGAAAUAAGGUUGUUUCACAUGUAGCAUUUGCCAUAAUCUUAUGUUUUGGUGAUUAUAUCCCUUUGGUGUUAAUUUUCUCUAACAUGUCUUUCAGUAAUUUGGUCAUUGGAUCUAGAGACUUGAUCAGAUUGGAAAUGUGAUUUUUGGGGCAGGAAUGUUUCAUAGGUCCUCCUGUGUUUUUUAUAAGCUGGCACAUAAUGUCUAGUUUUCUCUCUCUUUGGGGUAUUUGCAACUGCUGUUGAUCAGUGCAUUAAUUCAUGAUUAUCUGUCCUUUGGAUAUCAUGAAUUGUUCUUGUAGAGUUACUGUUAGCAGAGGAAGAAAUGCUGUUUAAGGCAUUUAUAAAAGUUUAACAGAUAUAUUAUUCAAUGCCAAAAUAUUUUCUUAAAUAAUGACAGAACUAACAAGAAAAAAGAUAUCAAAAAUAUAUGUUGGCUAUCUCAUUGUUUAUCUUCCUGACCUCUUCUGAUGGUUGGAGGCUUUGUUGUAGAAAUUACCAGCCAGGACUUUAACAUGAAACAGACCCAGGGUCAAAUUUGUGUUGGAUAAGUGGCCUUGAAUAAAUGUCUCACUAAGCAUCAGUUUCUUAGCUGUCAAAUGGUCAUAGCAAUGCACACACAUAGCUAACACACCUUAGAGUUUUCUUCUUUUCUAGUUUUUAAUAUGUAAGAAACGAUAUUGUGUACUUUGGCAUAUUUUAUUGAAUUUAUAUAAUCUUUUUUACCCUCUCAGUCCUUCCUGCUGUAAGGGAGAACUUGGAAUAAUUUAAUCCUAUUCAGACAGUAAUGGUUGUAUGGUUCAGGUGAAACAGUAUAGGGAACCUCUUUAUUCCUUCCACUAAUUUUCCCCCAGGAAUUUCUGUGGAGAAAUGCUAGGAGUGGAGACAUUGCUCACAGGUAUCUCUGCAUCCCUCUCCAUUAGAUCAGUUUGUCACCAUCUUUGUUCUGCUUUCAAAGUCAGACUUCACUGUGACUGUGGAGUCUGCUGUUGCAUGAAACUCAUAAUGGAGCAGAGAAGGUUUCCUCUUCUCUCUGGUCUGGCAAGCUCAUUGUUUCCACUUUCCCAAAGUUAGAAGGAAGGAUUGAAUCUGAAUAUUGUGUAAACUGUGUGUCUUAUAUGAGUAUCAUUUUGAAUUUUUGAAACAUCUUCACAACCGGUAUCUUAUUUCUUGUUCAGAUCAGCCCUGUGUGGUAGUUUUGGCAAAGCCCAUGCUAUCACUUAUAUGACAGUUUAACCAACUCAUAUUCCAAAUGGGCUUUGGCUAGUGACAGUUCUAUAUAUAGCUUAAAAUAAAGAAGAAAAAUUAUUUUCACCUCUCCUUUCCCAUUCGUCCAACUUUCAUAAUUCAUUCCUGUCAUAACUAGCUGCUCUUUUACAUUUAAUCGGUUUUUGUUACUUUCUGCUUUCUUUCUUCCCAUUCUCCCUUGCAUGUGCAUUCCAGUCCUUGCCAUGCCUUUCUUAUUUUUUAAUGGAUUUAUCUGCCCCACCACUAUUUCUCAGACCUUCUCCUCAUAGCCCAUUUUCUUCCAAUGAUGACAUUUGUUGCGUGUAGAAUACAGUUCUAUGUGUGCUGUAAGAAGUUAUUUUAUGAGCUUAGAUAAUACUGUGUUCAUAUAUGACUCAAAUGAUAAAAGAGAUUAUUUUCUAUACUGUUAAGAUGAGAAGUGGAUUUCUGUUUCAUUAUUUCCAUUUUGUAAAAGUUUUUGCCAAGGAGUUCUGCUAACUAAUACUCGUUAUUUGCUCUAGUGUACUAGUCCAGUAGUGUUUGCAUGUGAAUGUCUAUAGAUGACAGUUAUUGUAGCAAUUUGGCAGUGCACUAAAAGUUUGCCACUUUGAAAUGUUUCUGUACUGUUUGUGUUUGUGGGUAUAUACACACACACAUAUUUUUUAAAGUGGUUGUAUUCAUGUAGUGAAAAACAAAAAGUAGUAUAAUUUUGUAAAUCAGAGAAAUGCUCAGACUUUCAUUAUGUCUACUUAUUCAAUUGUUUUCUUUCUUUGCUUUGGAAAUAUUUGUAUUCAUAAAGCACAUUUCAAAAAUAUUGUCAUUCAUUAAGGCCUCUUAAAUAGACCACUAUUUUAAGUGUCUGGCAGAUACAUGUCUCGAGGAUUGAAUUGAACACACAAGUAGCAAACAUCAAAUAAAUUAUUUAAAUAUGAAAAGAAUU